AAUUCAUUAUUUAAGAUUACUGCUGUUCAGGCCAUUCUACAUUCUGCACAAUGGAGAAUUUGGCGCUCCUCAGACUUCUGUGCCUGCUAGCCGUCCUAUCUCUGACGGCUGCGAGGCCAUCGGAGGAAAUUAUCCGUCAAGUUACAGACGACGAUGCUGAGAGCCUGGGCAGUUUUGACGCCACGAAUGCUCUGUUAAAUCCGGAGGUGCAUUUUGCGAGCUUCGUGAAAAGAUUUGACAAGAAGUACUCGGGGCCAGAGGAGCACGCCCAUCGAUUUGGUGUCUUCAAGGCCAAUCUGUUGAGGGCUUUGGAACACCAGAAGCUGGAUCCAAGCGCCGUCCAUGGCAUCACAAAGUUCUCAGAUUUGACGGAGCACGAGUUCCGCCGUCAAUAUUUGGGGUUAAGGGUGCCGAGAUCUGGCGCUCAUGACGCCCCCAUUCUGCCUACUAAUGAUCUGCCUGACGACUUCGAUUGGAGAGACAAGGGGGCCGUCGCGGAGGUUAAGGAUCAGGGCGCGUGUGGGUCGUGCUGGGCGUUUAGCACGACGGGAGCCUUGGAGGGGGCGAAUUUUAUUAAGACGGGGAAGCUGGUGAGUCUGAGCGAACAGCAAUUGGUUGACUGCGAUCACGAGUGUGAUCCUUCAGAUUCAAGAGUAUGUGAUGCUGGUUGCAACGGCGGGCUUAUGACAAGUGCCUAUGAAUAUGUAAUAAAAUCUGGUGGCUUGGAAAGUGAGAAAGAUUAUCCAUAUAGCGGAACAGAUGGUACUUGCAAGUUUGACAAUAGCAAAAUUGUGGCCAAUGUUUCCAAUUUUGGCGUUGUUUCUAUUGAUGAAGAUCAAAUUGCUGCAAAUCUGGUUACAAAUGGGCCUCUAUCAGUGGGCAUCAAUGCUGCGUUUAUGCAGACAUACAUGAAGGGAGUAUCUUGCCCAUACAUCUGUAGCAAGCGCAAUUUGGAUCAUGGAGUCCUGUUGGUGGGCUAUGGUGCCGAGGGUUAUGCACCCAUUAGGCUCAAGAAUAAGCCCUAUUGGAUCAUUAAGAAUUCAUGGGGAGCUAACUGGGGAGAACAUGGGUACUACAAGCUCUGCAGGGGGCACAACGUAUGCGGAAUUAACAACAUGGUUUCCACUGUUACAGCUGCAACUUCAUAGGCAACAAAUUUUUAGCUGUCUUGUAUAUAUCUCCUAAAGAAUGAAACUGUUUUCUGAAGACAUGCAAUGGAUUAUGUGGUAAUCUAGGUGCAGGUAUGGAUUUAAAGCAUUAGAAGGUUCAUAUAUUCAAUAUUGUCAUGACAUUUUAUGCAGCAGCUAAUUGUCAAGCAUUGAAUUUCUUUA